UAAGCAGGUGAAGGGCAGUGUCAGAAAGAGAGGGAGGGGAAUGACAGGAAGACACAGCAGGUAAGGAAACAAUGAGAUGAAGUGAUCAGAACAGAAAACAGACUGGCAGAAGACAGAAAAAGAGUUUGAAAGAAUUUGAUGACAUUUUGGAUUCGACUAAUUGUGAGAUGCUUGUGACAGUGAUAUCUGUAGCCAUGGUGAUGCUGACAGGUCACCUGAUAUAUGGCCUCCCCAUGGUAAAUUAUGACAGAAAUUCUAGAGCCGUUUCAGAAGAGCUGUGUGAUGCAGGAUAUUUCCAGACAGAGUCUGGUUGUGUUCAGUGCGACUCCGGUUUCUUCACCAGCCAGAAAAACAGAGAAACCAGUUGCCACCGCUGCUUACAGAACUGCAGACCUGAAUUUCACAUGAUGGUGGUGGAGGAGUGUACGCUAACAUCAGAUGUGAAGUGUCGCUGUCGGGAGGGUUACACUUGUACCAAGACCGAUCCUUACAAUGGCCAGUGUAAGGUGUGUGAACCUGUACCCACCCCAAUCCCGUCCUCCACCUAUGCUGAUGUCCCUUCAUCCACUACAUCCACCACGUCAUCAACAGAGGCAGCUGAGAUCGGGCUGGGUGAGCGUAGUGUUGGGGUGUGGAUUUCAUGUGGAUUCAUUUCUGUAAUGUUAUCCCUCAUCAUCCUUAUGCUGUUCCUCCAGCUCUUCAGGAAGAAAGAGAAGGAAUGUUUCAAGCGUUUUGUCAGGAAGUGCUCGUUGGGUAAUAUGGAGAUGGACAGUGAGAGUACACCUCCUACCAGCCAAACAGAUGAGCAGCCCCAUGCCCAGGAGAUGAUGUCACAUGGCAGCACACCCACCAAUCACAACAACGACUGCUCGUUUCAUCAGCCAAUCAGCUUAGAGCAGGCUGUGCCUCCAGCCGGCAAUUUAGGCCCUCUUCACAUCUACGGCCCCCAGACAGUUUUUGUUAGCCUGCUCAAUCAAUUUGGAUGGGAUGGCGGCGAGAAAAAAGCACAAGAACUCCAAGAAGAAUCACUAAACAACAUCAACGUGUCCUGCCCUCAGUCUCCCCCCGUCCAUCUGUCUGAGGAGGAAAGGAGCAGAGAGAACGAUUUCAUCUUCUUCCCAUCUCAGGAGCAAGGGAAAGAGUGCCACAUAUCUAAAGAAGAGGCGCUGUGAGGGACGAUGGAUUAUUUGUGUCCGUUCUUCCUCCGUGCUGUUCAGCUGCUGUGUGGUUUGUUUUAACUGAUAUUUCGUGAGUACCCAGUAUUAAAACUCUAACCGUGGCAGGGGAUUUUUUCUUGAGAGCAACAGGCUGCGUUAGGGGAAGACCUGGAUAUGUGACUAACAGUGUGGACUUCAUACGUGUGCGUAUGAGCUUGACAGUUCAUGUCAGCUUUGCAGUAUUAUGCAUAACCUACUGAUACUGCAGUGGGAUGCUGAUGUUGACUGCAUGAAGAGUCGAUACUAAAGGUUUAUGAUGGUUAAACUGACUCAGGAACAAUGCUUGAAAGUGUUUGAAAGCAAAGAGCAGCUCUAAGACAUUCACACAUGUUGAGAUAUUUAUUUUAUGUAAAGUUCAUUCAAGUCACAAAACAUUUGUAUUUAUUUGUAACUCUUAUUAAUCGCAGUUAAUCAUGCAGUUUAUCAGUGUUCGAUCAUAUCAAGUCCUUGGAUAAUGUUGUCAGUUUUCUUCCUCUUUUCUUUGGUUUUUAUGUGACAGACAUGAUGGAUUGUACCUUCAAAAAGCCCUGACAUUUUGAAGGUGGUCUGGAAAUGUCAACAUCAUUUCUUCAUUCAGAAGUGUAUAAGCACACGCGAUAGCAAUCGAUUGAUCAUGUAUUAUGUUUUAUAUUCACUGUAAUAUACAUUUUUUUAUGCUUGAUAUUAACUGUAAAGUGCAAUAAAAUCAAUAAAAGUUUAUUUUUUUUA